CUUUUAAAUUGGAGAUUUGCAGAAACUUCUUCAGCCAGAGAGUUUUGAAUCUGUGAAAUUCACUGCCACAGAAGGCUGCGGAGGCCAGGAAAUUUAAAACUGAGACAGAUAGGUUCCUGAUUAUCACGGGGAUUAAGGGCUAUGGGGAGAGAGCAGGAGAAUGGUGUUGAGGAACUUAUCAGCCAUGUCUAAAUGGCAGAACAGACUCAAUGGGCCGAAUGGCCUAAUUUCUGCACCUAUGUCUUACGGUUUUGUGGUCUUAAAUAACUGCAGGUCUAAAACCUUUGACAGCCCAAACUCUGAGAAAGAUGAAGAACCAAGUUCACCAAAAGAGACAGCAACAAUUUCAAAUUCUGGAAAUGUUGACAGUGCAAAUGGUGAGGAAAAUGGAAGUUGUGGUUCUUCAGGAUCCAGCGAAAUAAUUGCUGAAUAUGGAAGCUUUGACACCUCAGAGGCAGAAGAGAUUCCAGUAAUCGAUUCAGUGAGCACAAACAGCGGGAACAAUGCUAACAUUCCGAGCUGUGAGGAGCUUGAAAAUCCAAUUCCUCCAGAGACAGUUGCAGAGAUCAGAAAGUCCAAAACCUUUGACAGCCCAAACUCUGAUAAAGUUGAAGAACCAAGUUCACCGAAAGCAACUGCAGAAAUUUCAAAUUCUGGAAAUGUUGACAGUGCAAAUGGUGAGGAAAAUGGAAGUUGUGUUUCUUCAGGAUCCAGCGAAAUAAUUGCUCACUGUGAAAGCGUUGAGUCUGAACACUGUCCGAAUACUGAUGAAAUUCAGAAUUUAAGUUCACCAGAAAAGGGAGCAACAGUCAAGAAAAGCAUAGACUUCAACAGAUCAAGCUUUCUAGAAGAAUAUAAUUUCAGUCCUGCAGAAAAGGAAACACUAAUGAAAAUUGCUAUACCUGAAAUUCUCGAAAUCUGGCUGGAGGAGUCUGCCGAAGACUUUCGUCAAGUUCCAACUUACUCUUGUCUCCGGAAGGUGCUUUCCUACUUGAACCAGACAGUGCCGGGGUCAGAUGCUGAACAUCGGGCCCAGAAACUCCUGAGUCGGUUUUUGGCGGAGGAAACAGCGGAGAAAGAGAUGUUCAAAGGCUACCGUAGAAGAGUUAGAUUCUAUAUUGGAGAAGAACACGACCAAACCAUUGAACAAGUUGACGAAAAGCUCCUGUCCUACCCAUCACGCUUCAUUGCAGAGCAGCUGACUUUUAUGGAUGCUGAUCUUUUUCGGAAACUUGUGCCCAGCCAAUGUUUAGGGUCCAUCUGGUCUCAACGAGGGAAGGAAGAAAAACAGCAUCUGGUAUCAACCGUCCAGGCCACCAUUACACAGUUCAAUAAUGUUACAAAAUGUGUCACCAGCACCAUAUUAAGACCUCAACAGCUGAAACCACGGCAGAGGGCUAAAAUCAUUGAGAAAUGGAUUGAUGUUGCCCAGGAAUGUAGGACUUUGCAGAAUUUCUCGUCAGUGCAUGCAAUUACCACGGCAUUGCAAUCGAAUAGUGUGUUCAAUUUGAAGAAGACUUGGGCAGCCGUAUCAAAGAGCAGUAAGAUAACAUUUGAAGACCUUUCAAAUAAUGAAGAAGAUAACUUUAUAGCAAGUAGAGAGCUGCUAAUGGAGCUCCUCUGAACUCGAGAAAUCGCCAAAGCCCAAAAAGAGUGUGUUGAAGCGCCUCAGCUGCCUGUUUUCAAGGAGAGGUGUUAAAGUACACAGCGCUCCAACUAAAAGCUCUGAGCAGCCAGCAUCCCUUCGGAAUGAGGAUUCAGACGAGAGCAUUACCUCAGCCAGACACUUGG